ACCUGUCCAGUCAUCAAACGGUUAUCAGCUGAGUGUAGAAAAGAGAUAAUGGGAAACAAUAAUAAAUGACUCAUUCAGAUAUACAGUCAUACCAUUGUGGGACAUUCUCAUAGAUUGACUAGUGACUAUAGAAGUAUAGAGCACUGACUAGUGACUAGUAAAUAGUGACUACUCAGUACUCACUAUAACAGUUACACUGUUAUAGACACUACAUCAAAGUUCUAGUCUUAUAGUCGUUGAAUUUUCGUCUAUGUUCGUAUUUCGACAAAAAUUUAUUCAAGGAUUGUUUUCCAUUUGACGAUUUCCAGUCAUUUAUAUUUUUUGUGCUUUAUUUUGUAAAACUUUAUCGACGUCAUGUCUCUGUACCCUUCUUUGGAAGAUUUAAAAUUGGACGAAUUCAAUAAGACACAAAAUCAAAUUGUUCAACAAAAUAAGAAUCCACCUCCAUUUAUGGCUAUUUGUCCGCCACAUCCAUCGGGUAUGGAUCAAGAAUCACUAGGUGCCAUGUAUCCAAUACUCAAUGAUUAUUUGGGAUUAGAGCUUAGUAUUUUAGCACAAAAUAACAGCAUUGACAUUUCUUCCCAAAAAAGUCAAGCAAAAACUAAUGCUGUAGCGAUUCCUUUCCAUGAUAUUCCAACGCAUGUGACAAAUGGUGUUCGUAAGUUAGUGUUAUGUAAGGAUGGGAAAGGCCAAAUAGGAUUAAAAAUGUCCACAUUCAACAAUGGCAUAUUUGUUAGUGUUGUAGUACAAGACAGUCCUGCUGCUAAAGCUGGUUUAAGAUUUGGUGAUCAAAUAUUACAAAUAAAUGAUAUUUUUGUUGCUGGCAUGAGUGUUGAUAAAGUCAACAACAUUUUUAGAGAAUGUUCAGUAAAUAACAUUUGUGUUAUUGUCAGAGACAGGCCUUUGGAACGUACAAUAAAUCUAUAUAAAGAUCGAGUUGGCCAGAUAGGAUUUCAAUUCAAGAAUGGUAAAAUUAACAACAUUGUCAAAGAUUCAUCAGCAGCUCGUAAUGGAGUGCUUACAGAUCAUCAGUUAUUGGAAAUUAAUGGACAAAAUGUUAUUGGCAUGAAAGACAAACAAAUAGUCGACAUUAUUGCUAAUGCAGCAGACUCGAUUAGCAUAACAAUCAUUCCAGUUACAAUUUAUGAUCACAUGAUUAAAAAGAUUGCACCAUCAUUGAUCAAGAACUUAAUGGAUCAUUCAUCAAUUUAAGAACAAAAAAGAAACCUACUCAUUUGUUGAAGUCAUAUUUAAAGUUUAUUAUUUACUUAACAUAGUUUCAUUUUAAUUUGUGAUUUAUGUGUAUACGGAAAGGUCAUCCAUUAAUUAAUAUUAUUUAGUUUUUUUUUACACAACUGGAUUACGUAUAACAAAUUAUACUAGCUACUUAAAUUA